AACUCUAUCUAUUUACUUGUGCACAAUUUUUAUCUGGACAUCCACAAAUCCUCCUACACAAGUCGACAAUCGAUAUAUCACUACAGGGCUUCAAUGAAUCCAUCCGAUUUGUCGCAAAUACCGCACCAAUUGUUACCAGAAGUGAUGGACAAUGUCAUCACAUCUCCAGAUAAUUCCUCGUUGUCAGAUUAUCCUACAAGCGACGAUCAAUACUGGGAUAAUAUCGAGGAAUCGGAGUUCCCUACUCAAUCGUCGUCUACACCUCUACCUCAGAUACGGUCACAACAACAAGAUGCUCGAAGAACUCGGAAAUUGAAUGAGGUUCUUAAAGUGAUGUCUAAAAAUGGUUGGAGCCCAGCUACGUUUAUACGAUUAUUUAUAGCUGAGAAGGGUGACCUUCGUUCUCGACGUUACAAGACUCCAUUUCUUCGACAUAAAGAGAUGCAGAAAAUUCUACAUCAACCUUUCUUUUUAGAUCUAUUUCUCUUGCAACUGCACAGCGAAUUCAAUGAGUUGAUUCAGCAAUCACACUUUGGCAAAUACGAUGAAUCAACCGAUCUUGAAAACGUCAAUUUUCAAGAUAUGCUUCAUACAAUACAAGUAUCAGCACCACUAUGGAAUCAAGUAUUAUCUACUUUACUUGUGGGGCCCAGAAGUCAGAAUUCUGCCGAACGGAAAGCUCUUAUCUCUAUUACCUCUAUAAUAUGUUUCUCUCGAGCACCACUUCUUUCUAAUUUUCUCGCCAAAUCACUCGCUAUUUAUCUUUACAGUACUGGGACAAAAACUCGAAGUCUUGACACCUUAAAUGGCAUGGGGAUAUGUUCUAGCUACAAAACAGUACAAAGAUUAAUUCCAGAGUUAGCCCGCAAUGAAAAGGAGACGACCCGUAAACAAAGUACAAACCCCCAAUCAGUGAUUACGUACGACAAUAUGAACUUCAAGGAUACAAAACGUGACGAACAUGCUGGACAUAAAGCUGUUGUGACGCCUUUAACAAACCGGGUGGUUGCUAGGUAAGCGCAAACUUAAAGAACAAAGCCCCCCCCAGUCACAAUUGGUCGUCAUUUUCGAUGACGAACGUGUCGCCAACUUUGCCAUCUCU